CCCUACGGGUGUCGCCGACGACUCUCUGGGCUGGGCGAGGUGUGUUCUUGAGGGUUCCGCCUUAGAACCAUCAAUUCCGAUCCGGAGAAGCGGAAAGCUCGCAUUUGAAAUCUUUAUAGAACAGAGACGUCUACAAGGGGUGUGUGUGUGUGUUUGUGUGUUCUCCAAAGAUUGUGGUGCAAUGGAAACUGAUCAGAAACCUCAAACUUUGUACCGCUGCAAAAGAUGCCGCCGCAUUGUUGCCUCACAAGGGAACGUGGUACCACACGAACAAGGUAAAGGAGAAUCUUGUUUCAAAUGGAACAAACGAAGCGACCCAUCGAACACCGAUAAGAAACCUGAAUGUUCCUCAAUAUUUGUGGAGCCUAUGAAGUGGAUGGAAGCAGUGGAAGGCGGCCAUGUCGAGGAGAAACUUUGGUGCUUAGGUUGCAAAGCUCGUUUAGGCUCAUUCAACUGGGCAGGGAUGCAGUGCAGCUGUGGAGCAUGGGUUAAUCCAGCAUUUCAACUGCACAAGAGUCGAAUCGAUGAAUCUACUUGUUGAGCUGUGUCUGUAAUGUUGAUUGAAUCGCCAUUUUACACCGUAUUAAUGUCAACAACACUGAAUCUUUUUUUCCAAGAAAAUAAAGAACUUUGUAUACCCCUCCAUUGGAAGGAUAUAAAGGUCUGAUUACAGUAGGGUGGAAGCUUCAGCUCUCUCCACAUACAAGUUAGCUGAGUAAGUUUACUGUAGUUAGUUAAAUUGUAUAC